AGACCUCAGCUGUCUGCAGGAGCAGAUUUCUUCGUCUAUAUCCGCCGCAGACACUUGAUCCGCAUCCGCAUCAUGAGACUGGAAGUGUUUUUGGUCUUUUUCUUGGCGCCAUUGUGCUUGGCCAAAAAUGACACUACUGCACAACGAUCCCCACGCACACCGCAGGGGCACGUUCAGUACAGCGAACCUGAUGGUUACAAAAUCAGCUGGAAGCUUUUCUCACCUUACACUCAAUGGAAGUCUUACUUGGAGAAUCCUGAACCUCAAGAAAAGACUGAACAGGUUGAAACAGUGUCGCAGCCUAAAACGGCUACACCUCAGGAACUAGCACCAGUAGAAAAGCAGCAACCGCAACAAGAGCAACAACAACUGCAGCAACAGCAACCUCAAAUUGAGCAGCCUGUUGAUUAUCAGCCUUAUGCGAUGGUGCCACCUCAUAUAAAACAACUCAUCUUUAAAAUGUAUGAACCUCAAGGUCCUUAUGUUGAUCCUAGUGUCUACAUUUACCAUACUCCGUAUGUGUCCAAAAGCGAAGAUCAGAAUAAAUCAACCCAAUCGCAAUCGGUAUCAGAUAAACCUGAACAAAAAGCUGGUAAGAGUGAGGAAACAGUUUCCCAGGAAACAGAAAAGGAUAAACAGGCUGCUCAACAAAAAGUUGAUGAUUAUCACCAAGCAACUCAUCAGGAAGAUACCAGUCAUCAAGCACCAUUACAACAGAGAACUACUCCUUUGUAUCAUCAGCAACAAUUCCAAGAGGACGCUCCUAUGUACCAUCAACCAAAUUCACAACUCGUAUAUGAUAAAUAUCCAGUAAAAGAAGGUGAUGUCGAAUAUAGAAAAGAGACAUCUGAAUCUAAACCGGCUCAAGAAGAAUCUGUACCACAACAAACAUCACCUCAAUCUGAGGUUUCAGCUAAAACUACUCAAUAUGCUCUACACACUGAAGAAAAUAAUAUGCCGUCUUUACUGCAGCAAUUGCUACAUCUACAAGCUCAGAUUCCGUAUUACGUGAUUGCUAACAGAAUAGCUUCUAAACCAAUAAAUAUGUUUAUACCAAAACCCAUUUAUGAAGAUGAAAACGGAUCCUAUGCAUAUCGUAGUCAAGUUUAUUAUUUGCUAAAUGAUCCUGUAGAACAGGAAGAUAAAUCGGCUAAACGUGCAAAGCAAGAUCAGCGUCCUUAGUAUCCUAAAAUGUAUAUUGUACAUAUGCAUAAAUUUUCUAGGCGAAAGUAAUCUUAAAACAAGUUAACAAUUUUGAUAUAAGCUAGACCUCAUUUUCAGAUUUAUAUAAUGGAAAGUGCAACAUUGACAACACCAAAUAUAAAUACAAGGUGGCGUUUUCUUAUUGAGUACAUCUUAUUAAUGUAAUUAUUACUUGUAAAUGUCGUAAUUGCCCCCUUACAUGGUUGACUUCGUGCGAUAAUUGCAUUUGAAAUAAAGUACCAAUUGACUAAAAA